CUUCUUGUACGUGAUCAUUUGCUGGGGUGGCUUGAUAAAAGUACUGAUUUAAAAGCGAACUUCAAUAAGAGUGCUGGCUUCAGCCUUUCUAAAAUCGCUCUGUGGUCUUCCUUAGGUAGAAAUAGUGGCUUGCAUAGGGAACUAUGGCUUGCUUGUUCUGGUCCACUGGUUAUUGUUCCAAGCAGUGGUGAUAUGGUCUUCUAUUAUCCUCAAGGUCACAUUGAACAGAUUGAGGCUUGCAUGAAUGAAGAUGGACUUAUGCCAAUGCCAGCAUACAAUGUACCAUAUAAAAUUCUUUGUAGGGUUGUUUCUGUCAGGCUACAGGCUGAGGCCAAUACAGAUGAAGUGUUUGCAGAAAUUACUUUGCUUCCUCAUCUAGGGACGAGGGAGCCAAUUUUGGCAGAACGCUCUCCUUUAUUUUCGCGUGCUAAAACUGAUGUGCAUACAUAUAGCAAGAAACUCACUCCAUCUGAUGUAAACACGCAUGGUGGACUCUCCAUUCCAAAGCAACUGGCGGAUGAAUGCUUUCCGCCACUGAAUAAUGAUCAGGAUUUCCCAGCACAGGAUUUAGUUGCAAAGGAUCUGAAUGGUUUAGAAUGGAAGUUCCGCCAUGUUUAUCGAGGUCAGUCAAGGCGUCACCUCAUAAGAAACGGUUGGAGUAGGUUUGUAAGUGCGAAGAAGCUUGUUGCAGGGGAUACCCUUAUAUUUGUCAGAGGAAAAAAUUAUGAAUUAUAUGUUGCUGUUCGCCGUGCAAAAAAACAACAAACCAGCUCAUCAACAUCUAUCUUAUCAAGCCACUACAUGCAACACGGCAUGUUGUCUAAUGCCUACCAUGCUGUUUCCUCUGGGACAAUGUUCACCAUUUACUACCGCCCUUGGACUUGUCCUGCUGCGUUCAUAAUUCCUUACAAUCAAUAUAUGAAGGCCUCUGAAAUCGAUUAUGAGGUUGGGAUGACUUUCAACAUGCCAUUUGAAAGCCACGAACUAGACUGCGGCAGAACAGUAUGCCCAAUAUUUUCAGGUACCAUUGUUGAUGUUAAAGAUUUUGACCCCAUUAGAUGGCCUGGUUCAGAUUGGAGGUGUCUCAAAGUGAAAUGGAAUCAUGCAAAACUAAUGCCAGUUCGUCCAGAAAGGGUAUCUCCUUGGAGCAUUGUAGCCAUAGGAAUAACCAAAAGAAAAAGGAGGUCUUUUUCUUCCUAUCCCAGCAAAGCACAGCCUCUUGAUCCAGCAAAUCCAUUCGGUGUCAAGGACUGCUUGAUGAAGAGUUCAGUUGAGCAUUCACCUCCGUGGAACUCUAGGGUCUUGCAAGGUCAAGAAAAAGCUGUAAAUGCUUAUGAAGAGAAUGCCUUCAGACGACCUCAUGAUUUGCGUCAACCACCACAGCGAAAACUUAGAUGGAGGCGAGGACAAGUUAGAUUGGAGAAUCAGCAGCAUAACCAUAUUCUUGAUCCGUGGUUAGACUUUAUUGGAAAGGAAGUUCAUGGCACAAGUCCUUCCAGUAAUGGAUUUUCCAAUUUACAGUCUUCAAAAAUACCAUCCUUUGCAAGUGAAUCUUUGUCUAUUCCAAAGAUUGUCGAUUACAGAAAUUCAAAUUCUAAAGGUAAUGUCGAAUCAGAUGUUAUGGGGAGCCAACCCACUGGUGGAAGCAAAUUAAAGCUAUUUGGAGUGGAUAUACUAAAUGGUCCUGAGUCCCCUUCCCAACAUGGAAGUAAACUUACACAUUUUGGUUCUUUUCCAGCAGCUUCUAAGACCGUUAAUUUUCUGGAACAGAGUAAAAGCACUUCUGGCAAUUCAGACACCCAAUGCAGUCGCAGUUGCACAAAGGUACUCAAGUAUGGAUGUGCUCUUGGAAGAUCUAUUGACAUGUCACGUGUAAAGGGGUAUGGGGAACUCAUUUCUGAACUCGACAAGCUGUUUGGAUUUGAAGGGUCUCUUCUGGAUGGUAGCAAGGAUUGGCAUGUAACCUAUCAAGAUAGAGAAGGAAACACAAAGUUACUAGGAGAUUAUCCUUGGUCGGAUUUCCAGGCCAUGGUGCGAAAGAUGUUUAUUUGUCCAAUAGGAGCUGAUUACCUGGCUGACAGAAGCUUCUGAAACUAAAUAGUUAGCUCACUUGCAUCUCUUCAACUGACAAAAAUGCUUUAGGGAUCACAUAGUCAAUCACAUUGAUCUUUUUGGGUCACAUACUCAUAAAACACUGAUUUAUUAGUAUGUAUCAGAAAAAAGCAAAACUGAAUAAUUUGCCUGUUUAAGUUCAUGUAUUUUAUGAAUAUCUUCUGUGAAGCGGAGCUUAUACCUCCAUGCUUGAUAAAUUAGCAUACCUGCUCUUGCCUAA